CGCGGAAGAGCUGCCACCUGUGCGAGAAGGAGUUCAAGUCGGUUCAGUCGCUGGAGUAUCAUCUGAACUGGCAUACUGGGGAUAAACCGUACAAGUGCCAGGUGGGUUGCGACAAGUCCUUCAUUAAUCCGCACCACCGGCGGAGGCACGAGAAGAUGUGCGGACCGGUUGUGGUGCGGGAUGGGGAGGAAGCGGAUCCGACGAAGAUCUACGCGUGUGAUCAGUGCAAUAUGAAGUACGGCAUGAUGGGACAUUUGCUGCGACAUAAGCGGGCCUGCCACAAUGACGAUCCGACGGAGGGUUUCGUUUGUCCCGUUUGUAAGAUGGAAUUUAAGAAAGCCACCCGAUUGAGGUAUCAUCUCUACGAGCAUACCGGCGAAAAACCGUUCAAAUGCUACAACGAAGGCUGCUCGGAAGCGUUCACGACUCCGAUGCGACGGCACGAGCACAACGUUACCUGUGGCCGCUCGUUGGAUCACUACCGGUGCGACGUGUGCAACAUGGCACUUAAAACGGCCAACGGUCUACGAAUCCACAAGCUGACCCACAAGGAACCUACGCUCGAGUGUAAAAUCUGCGGCGCUGGAUUUCAUCACGAGUUUAGAUUGCGGAAUCACAUGAAAAAGAGCCACCCGGAAGCGGACAAACCAGUCGAGCCAGAGCCCGAACCUAAGCGAAUUAAACUAGAACCCGGGUUGGGGCACCAGGAAGUGGUUGAGCCUCUUCCGGUGCAAAUUCCCACUCCGGAACAUCCCUGCCCCCAGUGCAAGCGUACCUUCACCUCCGAAACAAAAGUCAAACAGCACCUGGAGUUCUGUUUCAAGUAUUGCCACCUUUGUCCGGCCAAAUUUCACACCGCAUACGAAUAUAACUAUCAUCUGGCGAUGCACAAAGGAGAGUUAAAGUUUGAGUGCCGUAAGUCUUGCGGCAAGAAGUUCUACGAACCCAGAGACCGCAACAACCACGAGAAGGAUUGCGGAACUUCCGACCCCGGCCAGACCGAUAAACCAGUCCUCUCGUGCGAUCACUGCAACAAGUCCUACUCCUCGGUGGGCUUUCUGCUACGUCACAAGCGGCUCUGCAACAACCCGCUGCCCACAAUCGGCGAUGUGUGGAACUGUCCGCACUGCCCGAAAACGUUUACCCGUUCCGAUGCGAUGCGGUACCACGUGAACCAACACACCGGCGAAACGCCCUUUCCGUGCCGCACCAAGGACUGCAGCGCCGCUUUCGGCGAUCCGGCGGCACGGCAAACGCACGAACGCAGCUGCGGCGCUGACCGUGCGCAGUGUCCGAUCUGCAACAAGGUGCUCAAGACGGCAAAGUAUCUGAAAACGCACAUGGAACACCGUCAUGCGGCGCCGCGACACGAGUGUCCGGACUGCGGGAAGAUGUGCCCUACUAGCCAUAAUCUUAAAGCGCACCAAAAGCGGAAGCAUCAACCAAAAGAAGAGUCUGCAGCGCUUGAAUCGAUCAUCUCUAUUAAGGAAGAGCAGAUCCAGUCGGACGAAGAAAUAGUUGGAAUUUGAAGAAGCGCUUAAAAGCGUGGUAGAAGAUCAA